AUGGCUGGGAGAGCUUCGAUCCCUGCUCGCAACUCUGCCCUCAUCGUUGGCAGAGAUUACGUUGUCAAUUCUUUGAGGCAUUUCGUCGAACACAAACAGCACAUGUAUGAAAUCGAAGUGCCCGCCGCCAUGAUUUCUCUUCUUAAAGCUCGCGAGAGGCUUCUAUCUCCUCUCUUCACUUCCUCUAUACACCGUUGUCUCUCCUCUAACCUCUCGUAUUCUUGUGAAGAAGCGAGAGGUUCUGAUGUAUUCAUACAUCCAAGUGCUGUGGUCCACCUAAGUGUUGGAGUUUCAGUUGGUCCAUACUGUACAGUUGGCUCUUCAGUGAAGCUAGGAAAUGGCUGCAAACUCUAUCCUUCUAGUCAUAUAUUUGGAAACAAAGAGUUGGGGGAUUCUUGUGUCCUCAUGACAUUGGGCUCUUGUCAUAUCGCCCAUGAUUGCAAGAUUGGUGACCGAAACAUAUUUGCCAACAAUACACUUCUUGCAGGCCAUGUGAUUGUAGAAGAUACACACACAGCAGGAGCCACGGUGGUCCACCAGUUAUGUCAUAUUGGUUCUUUCGCUUUCAUUGGUGGUGGUUCUGUGGUUUCACAAGAUGUUCCAAAGUACAUGAUGGUGACUGGAGAAAGAGCUGAACUUCGUGGUUUGAAUCUGUAA